GUUGUGACAAAAUGAAACAACAAAAAGGGGGGCUGACGCUGUAACAACCACCGGAGAGUUAAAUCCAGAACAUUCUUCAUCAAUCAUCACCAAAUUGCAACCGUUAUUCCAUCGGUGUGCUUCAAUUCCGAUUAUCCGCAUAGAAUCUGAUCGAUUCACUAGAAAAAACCGAGCAGAUUGAUUCCAGAAGUUUCGUAACGCAAAAGUUAGGGUUCCUUGUUGGUUAGGAGACAUUUGAAGAUUGAAGAUUGAAGAUAUAAUAGCACAAUGGCAGAAUAUGAUUUAGAUGAAUAUGAGGAUUAUGAAGAUGAAGGUGGUGAAUAUGAAGAGGAGGGCGAAGGAUAUGAAGAAGAAGAAGAAGAGGAAGAGGAUCGGUUGCCUACGCAGGAAGAGUUGGAGUACCUUGAAUUGAGGCAAAAGUUGAAGGACAGUAUUAGAAAGAAGAUGAAGAAGGAUCCAAGUUCGGACCUUGCCGGUUCUCGAGAAAAAAAGAAUAAAAUGCCCUAUGACAACUUUGGAUCCUUUUUUGGGCCUUCACAGCCAGUUAUUGCUCAAAGAGUAAUUCAAGAAAGCAAGUCAUUGUUGGAGAAUCCGCAUUUGGCAGAACGGUUUUCAAAACCUAAAACCGUUGAGAACAGGAACGGUUCUUCAACUCCAGCAGUAUCUAAGCCUCGACCCAACGGGCAACAGCCUCGAAGAGUAGAUAAUUCAGCAAAACCUAAAGCAAAAAUCCAGAUGCUUAAGAAUACUAGGGAUUACUCAUUUCUUUUAUCCGAUGAUGCUGAACUUCCGAUUCCUCCAAAGAAUCCUCCUAAAAGUGGGCCCACUACACGACCUGAGAUGCAUUUGUCACAACGGCAACCUAACAAUAGUGGUAGAACACUAAGUAACGGUCAUCGUGAAGAGAGGAAAUCCUUACCUACAUCCAAUCAAAUGCGACCAAAAGCUGGUCAACAAAGUCAAAGACUAAGUGCUGUCAGUAAUGGUCAACAAAGUCAAAGACCAAGUGCUGUCAGUAAUGGUCAACAAAGUCAAAGACCAAGUACUGUCGGUAAGUUGACAUCAACAUCAGUAGAUUCUAGAAAACAGGUUGGUAGAAAUGAAGGAAGUGGGCCGGGUCGGCCCGGCCCACCUCCAGGACAGAAACCUUUACCCUCGAAAAUGCCGGCAGUGGUCAACAAGUCAAAGGUGAUCCCUCCACCGGUUUCUAGAGGUUCCAUACCAACUGGGCACAAACCUCAAGUAUCACGACCGCUACCACCGAUUCAGAAGAAACCAUUGGAACAAAAAAGGGAUGAUAGGGGGUCAACCAAAGGAAACAUCAUCAGAAAGCCCGUUGUCUCUUCUAAGCCUCAGAUGAAGCAACAGCCAUCUAGACUGCCAGCUAGACCGCCAGCUAGUUCACACCAGAGGGAAAAGUUGCAGAAAAGGCCAGCUCGACCGUUCGAUGAUGAGGAUGACGACAAGAAUGCUAUCAGUAUGAUCAGAAACAUGUUCGGAUAUAAUCCCAAUAGAUACCGAGGUGUAAAUGACGACGAUGACAGUGACAUGGAGGCUGGCUUUGAUGACAUCAUGAUGGAGGAGAAACGCAGUGCGAGGAUUGCUGCUAAGGAAGAUGAAGAGGAGCUUAGAAAAAUAGAAGAAGAAGAAAGGCGGGAACGGAUGAGAAAGGCAGCUAAAAAACGGAAGCUUAACCAACGAUAACAACAACGUUGUACAAGGUUCUUUUCAAACAUUGGUAGGCCCAAAUUGGUCCUGUGUUUAUUCAUAGUUUUUUGAAGACAAACCAACGAACCGUUUGGUGUUAACUUUUAACAGAAUGGACCUUGUUUUGAAUUUCUUCAACAACCUCAGCUUGGCUUUUGCUUGAAGUUUUCCUCCAAACCAUAAAUUAGUUGAGAUUAUGGUGUUUUUGUUAUAA